AUGUCAGGGUUUUGUGAUAAUUUAGUAUUUGAGAAUUCAAUACAAGGAUUUGAAAAGAAGGCGAUACUUCAGGCAUUGACAGAUAUCGGACUUCUAAAUAAUGAAAGAAUUUCCCUGGAACUAACAAAUCAAGCUGUAAAUUUUGCAAAGACUGAGGAUUUCAAUUUCUCUCAGUUAUGCGGACUUGUUUCAGUAAUAAACAGAAUUUUGAAGGAAAUUUCAAGUUCACCACACGAAAACAUACGCAGCAUACUGAAUGUUACGGACAAAAUGAUGACGAGUUAUUCAAUUCAAAGGCCUCCACACUAUAUCGAGUUAUUUUCGAUUUCGAACUCCACCAAAUCGAUCGAUUUUUUUGUGGAUGUUUUAUUUAGACACUGGAAACUUUAUAAAUUUGCGUUAGCGCCAACAGCUCGCCUCGUCCCACUACUAAUUUACGAUGGAAAUGAUUAUGAAUCACAAGAAGUUGACCUGAAACCGUCAGGAACUGAUUUAUUGUAUGCAAUACUGAAACAUGCACUGGAAGAUCAAAUUGAAGCUAAUAAAAGUAAAACUAUAAUACGCCAAUAA